AUGUCUGCGAACAAGGAGCACGGGUUCCCUGAGGUGCAGGGCGGUGGGAGCUUGAUCCUGGCCUGGCAGGUCAAGAACAAGCACGUGCUUGUCGUCGGUGGUGGUGAGGUAGCAGCAGGCCGCAUCCUCAACGUCCUCAACGCCGAUGCCCUCGUGACCGUCAUCAGCCCAUCCUCAGGCCUCAACCCCGAGGUCGCACACCGCAUAGCCCAGAACCAAGUCGCGUAUAUCGACCGAGUCUUCGAACCCUCUGAUCUCGAGUCCCUGCCGCAUCCAUCGGGCGAUGCCGAAAAGACGGGCGCCCCCGACAUGGUCCUCACCGCCGUCGACGACCCGGCUGCCUCCACCCAGAUCUGGAAGCUGUGCAAGAAGCACCGCAUCCCGGCCAACAUCGCCGACGUGCCCCCGGAGUGCGAUUUCUACUUCGGCAGCGUUCACCGCGACGGGCCCCUCCAGAUCAUGGUGUCAACCAACGGCAAGGGGCCGCGUCUGGCAGCCAGCAUUCGCAAGUUCAUCGCCGGCGCCCUGCCGCAGGGAGUCGGCAACGCUAUCGAGAGGGUUGGUAUAUUAAGGACCAAGCUUAGAGAUGUGGCUCCGAAACAAGAAGAGGGCCCCAAGAGAAUGAGGUGGAUGAUCAAGGUCAGCGACCAGUAUACCUGGGACGAGCUUUGCGGCCUGACUGAGGAGGACAUGGACAACCUGCUCAAAUUCUACAAGGGCAGCAAAGUUCCAGACCUAGAUGUACUGAAGGCAAUGCGUGGCGGUAGGGGGCCUGAGGAUGUCGAUAUAUUUGACGGGUCUUUCGGCUUCAGUCUUGGGCUUUGA